GAGCAUUUCCAAUUACCAAUACACCAAAAUACCAAAUCCUCAUUUUCUUUUCUUUUUCUCCACAAAAUAUAAUUCAUUCACACACGCAGUCGCUCACAUCUCAUCGUCGUCUCAAUCCUCAUCGAAAAACCCUCGACUCGCAUCUCUCACACACACUUAAUUUCUCGCAUCUCUUCAAUCGUCACUCCGGUUCGCUGAAUCCAUUAAAAUUGAUAUGACUGGGAGCAUUGGUGAAUGAAUCUCGCGGAGUUUUGAAAAUGCCAGGAAUAGCGCAAAGGAAUGAACAACUCACUAAUGGCUCGGCGGUGUCUACGACGUGUUCAGUUUCUGCAAAUGGAUUUUGGUCGAAGAAUUCCGAUGAUGUUAGCUACAAUCAGCUUCAGAAGUUCUGGAGUGAGCUGUCGCUGCAAGCUCGGCAAAAACUCUUGAGGAUAGACAAGCAAUCCCUUUUUGAGCAAGCUCGUAAAAAUUUGUACUGCUCCAGGUGCAAUGGGUUGCUUCUUGAAGGUUUUCUGCAGAUUGCAAUGUACGGAAAAUCUUUGCAAAAGGAAGGGGUGGAUGCUCACUUUCCUUGCAACAGAUCCGGAGGCUUGAGAAAGCUAAAUAAUGAUGGAUCAAGCAUUAUCAAUGGAUGCCAAGAUGAAAUUCAUGACCCAUCUAUCCAUCCUUGGGGAGGUCUGACUACAGCACGUGAUGGUUCGUUAACACUUAUGACCUGCUACCUGUAUUCAAAGUCUCUGAAAGGACUGCAAAUUGUCUUUGAUGGGGCACGUGCCAGGGAGCGGGAAAGAGAACUGCUUUAUCCUGAUGCUUGUGGUGGGGGAGGCCGUGGUUGGAUAAGCCAAGGAAUAGUGAGUUAUGGAAGAGGACAUGGGACAAGAGAAACAUGUGCCCUGCAUACUGCCAGACUUUCAUGUGAUACACUAGUUGAUUUUUGGUCAGCACUGGGAGAGGAGACUCGGCUUUCUCUUCUAAGGAUGAAGGAAGAAGAUUUUAUUGAGAGGCUUAUGUACAGGUUUGAUAGCAAGAGAUUUUGCAGAGAUUGUAGAAGAAAUGUUAUUCGAGAAUUCAAGGAACUAAAAGAACUGAAGCGCAUGCGUAGAGAACCUCGUUGCACCAGCUGGUUUUGUGUUGCUGACUCCGCCUUUCAAUAUGAGGUAUCUGAUGACUCAGUUCAAGCUGAUUGGCGUCAGACAUUUGCUGAUGCAUCGGGAACCUAUCAUCACUUUGAGUGGGCCGUGGGGACAACUGAAGGAAAAUCUGACAUUUUGGAAUUUGAAAAUGUUGGAUUAAAUGGAUGUGUUCGAGCCAGUGGCCUGGAUCUUGGUGGUUUGACUGCAUGUUUCAUCACUCUGCGAGCUUGGAGAUUAGAUGGACGCUGUUCUGAACUUUCUGUUAAAGCUCAUUCGUUGAAGGGUCAACAGUGUGUACAUUGCAGGUUAAUUGUAGGAGAUGGUUAUGUUACAAUCACAAAGGGGGAAAAUAUCAGAAGAUUCUUUGAGCAUGCUGAAGAGGCCGAGGAAGAAGAGGAUGAUGAUUCAAUUGACAAGGAUGGCAACGAGCUUGAUGGAGAAUGCUCUCGUCCCCAAAAGCAUGCAAAAAGUCCUGAACUUGCUCGAGAAUUUCUGCUAGAUGCUGCCACUGUUAUUUUCAAAGAACAGGUUGAAAAGGCCUUCAGAGAAGGAACAGCACGCCAAAAUGCACACAGCAUAUUCGUCUGCCUUGCACUAAAACUGCUGGAGGAUCGAGUGCAUGUAGCAUGCAAAGAAAUCAUUACACUGGAAAAGCAGAUGAAACUUCUUGAAGAAGAAGAAAAGGAAAAACGUGAAGAAGAAGAACGCAAGGAGAGGAGAAGGACAAAGGAAAGGGAGAAAAAGCUUAGGAGGAAGGAAAGACUAAAAGGAAAAGAAAAAGAAAAAAGGUGUUCUGAAUUAAGUGAUGCUCUUGGGUCUCCUGAAAUCUCAAAGGAAAAAUUGUCUGCAGUUGCCGAUUUGGAGGAAAAUAAUCCUAUUAGCUGUAGCAAUUCGGUUAUUGAAACAGAUGAAACCAAUCUAUUGAGGGAAGAUUCUCCUAACAUCCAAGAUGAAGAAUUCUCUAGUGAGUGUAGUACUUUGAAACCACAAGACCUAUCUUAUGAUGAUUGUGAGGAAGAAAUUUCAAAUGCAAAAGCCGAGAUAGGACAGUGUACAAUUGAACAAUCAAUGCCUUCUCAUCGAAGACUAAGAUGCAGGAAAGAAUUUCAACUGGAUGUGCCUAUGAAGUGGUCUGAUAGACGGCGAUAUGCAGUUGUUUCAGAAAAUAGUGCAAUGGUUGGCAGAUCUGAGCCAAGACAGUAUGGAGAGAGUUUUGUGGCAUCAUCCAGGGCAAUGAAUGGGUUCAAUAGGCAAUCAAGAAUAAAUGUCCCAACAAAGUCCAAUGGUCGAAAUGUUGGUCCUCCCAAGUAUAAUGAGAAGUUCUAUAGCUCAAAGAACCGGACAAAUGAUAGAUGUGAUAUUCAUUCGUGCAGUUGUAGCUUGAACAAUGAGUAUAAGACAAGGAUUGAGCAGCAUUCUCCUAUGACUAGAGUUAGCUGGGAGACAAAACCUACCAGUCAGUUUGAAUCUGCAGGAGAUACAUCCAAGCAAUUUUAUCGUGGUAGUAAGAAUAAUCAAGUAGACUAUGUGCAUGAGAGUAAUGGAAGACCCAAAAGCAAAAUCAUCUUGGGGAACUAUACGAGCAGGGAUUUGUUUCAAUCGAAGAAAGUUUGGGAACCUACAGAAUCUCAGAAGAAAUAUCCUCGCAGUAAUUCUGACUCUGAUGUUAUUUUGAGGUCUACUAAAGUUCAAGGAGCUCAGUCCGAUUUGAUCAAGUCGUCUAUUGAAGAAGCUGUUGAUUCGGGUGAAAAUGAUGGUGAGGAAUGUAAUUCAAAAAGAUUUAAUGGAGUUGAUGAAAGGUGUCAAAAUGAUUUUCGUGUAGGUGAAGGUUCUUGUAGCUUUACGGAAAUUGCUUUGGAGGAACCUGGAUUAUGCUCGUCCGGAGACUUUGCCUUGAACAAUUCUUCUGAUCCCACUCAAAGUAGCACUUUUAGUUCUGAUAACUGCUCAUCAUGUCUAAGUGAGGGUGAUAAUAAUACAACCUCGUCAAACCAUGAAAAUACAGAAUCCUCAACCACAUCAGAUUCAGAAGAUGUUACCCGGCAGUCUGAAGUAAGAAAUAAUUCGGAUUGCAUGGAAAAUGUGCUGUCUGAUUGUCAUGAAGUUGUUAUACAGAAUAACCAGAAUGCAAAUGGUGAGGGUUUGACAAGAAGUUCAAGUUCACCGAUUGGUCCGUCCUUGGAUGGUACAAGAAAUGAUGCAUUGGGAAAUCAUGUAGUGGAAAUUGCCCAAAGUUUUGAAAAUUGUUUUUCCACCGCUAAUGUGUGUUCUCAACCUCAAAGUAUGCUUCCGCCAGUGUCAAACCAAAAUAUACAAUUUCCAGUGUUUCAAGCUCCUUCUACAAUGGGUUAUUUGCAUCAAAAUCCAGUUUCAUGGCCAGCAGCUCCCACCAAUGGAUUGAUGGCCUUCCCGCAUUCAAAUCACUAUCUCUAUGCUGGCCCUCUUGGAUAUGGCUUAAAUGAGGAUCCACGCUUCUGCUUGCAGUAUGGAGCCUUACAGCAACCAACGCCCAUAUUCAACCCUGCUGUUCCAGUUUAUCAGCCAGUUGCCAGAGCUAAUGUCUUAAAUUCAGAGGGGAGGACUCGAGUUUCCCAGCCAGCUUCUUUGUUAGAGCAUCCUAAUGGAUCUUUUGCAGGAAGGGCCGUUUCAGCUGGAGCGAUUUCCACAAGACCAGUUUGGUGUGAUAAUUCUGCCAAGUCACUAGAGAAUAACAAUGAUUUUUCCUUGUUUCAUUUUGGUGGACCUGUAGACCUUUCAACAGGUUGUAAAUCAGCACUCGCGUCUUUGAAUGGUGAUACUGUUGGCGAUUUUAGCUCAAAAAGUUCACCAGAUCAUGUCGAAAAGGUCCACAAUUGCAAUAAGAAAGAGACUCCUGCCAUGGAGGAAUACAACUUAUUUGCAGCAAGUAAUAACUUAAGGUUUUCAAUUUUCUAAAAUGAUAAAGUGAGAAGUAUAAGGUGGCUGUUGUGGAAUCCAGUCCCUAUCUUCACAUAUGGUAAUGGAGGUUUGAGUAUCUUGUAAUUUGGUGAACAAUAAGCUUCCUUUCAGCAAUUUCCAAUUUAGCCUAUAGCUUGAUUAGUUAAUUGUUGCCCAAUUGUCUCUCUUUUUUUUUUUUGGUGUAGAGAAAGAUUGAGUGUUGGUAUUUUAAAGGUUUUUUUCGUGUGAGGUCAUAAUCACCUUAAAGUUUCAAUUAAGCAUUUGUUCUUCGUAAUUCUUUGUCAUACUGAAACCAAAGCAGUCUUUAUAGUGAAAGCUGUACUGGAGUUUUUGAGCUGACAUUGUUAUAAUGAUUAAAGCAUUUGUUUGACUCA